AUGUUUAAAUUUACGCCUUUUAAUUGGGCUAGUUCAGUAAUUUUAAGCAAGUUCUUAAAACCUUAUUUUAAAGAAUUGGAUGACAAGUAAGUUGAUGUAGGUUUUUGGGAUGGAUAAUUCACUCUUAAAAAUUUGGAGUUGCGGAGAGAAGUUUUCUUGAUAAAUGAUUUGAAUCUGGAAGUAGUUGAUUCACUUAUUUCGGAGUUAAAAAUAACAAUUCCUUGGAAGUCAAUUAAAACAGAACCAAUAUAGAUAGAAAUUAAGGGUCUCAAACUGAUAUUGAGCAACAAGCUUGACCAAACUGAUGAAGAAAAAGAAGAAGUAAAAAAGAAGAUGCAUCAAAUAAAAAUGGAUGCUUUAGACUAAUUUGAAGCUUCUUAUGAAAAAUACAAUAAAGAGGAGUAAAAAAAUGAAAGCAGUAAAGUGAAGAAAGAAAGCAAAAGUUCAAACCCAUUCUAUAAAAAUUGGAUUCAGAAUAUUUCGCAGAAUUUCAAGCUAAAAAUAGAAAAUAUAGAGCUGGUUUAUAUUUAUCAUGUAACUAAAUUUGAAGUGCUUAAAAUAGGAUUAAAUUUGGAUAAAAUAGAAGUUGGAACAGUAGACUAGAGCUAUUAGUAAAAGAAUAGUUUUAAUUCUAUUUUAAAGAAUCUCAAUAUAGUUAAUUUAUCUAUCUUUUUUGAGUUUUAUGAUAGCUUUGUGACGACAUAAAUAAAGACAAACAAUUAUUUUGAUUUUCAUGGGAAGUCAAUUGGUUUCUUUACCAAAUAUAAAAAUGCAAAUAACACAAAAACAAAUUAAGAUCCCUUAGAGUAGAUGCAGUAAAAAAAAGCUUAGGAGAACGAAAAUUACAUCAUUAAAGAUUUAAAUAUAGAAGUGCUUAUCAAAUUAGAUCUAUUUUAUUCUUUUCAAUUAGAAUUAAAUGUUAAUAUUCCUGAUGUUACUAUUUUCUUGAAACAGAAUCAAAUGAGAUUACUAUUAAAAUCCCUCAAUGAUUUGGCUAACUAUGAUCCAAAGCGCCCAAUUUAUCGUCCUAAUGAAAAGAUACCAGAAGAUAAAGUCACCAUUUAAACAAUCAGUCCUGUCAAAUAAUGGUGGCAAUAUGCAAUUGUCAGAGUGAUAGAUAAAGAAAAUCUUCCACUCAAAACAAAGCAAAAAGGUUUUCUAGGUUUCUUCGAUUCGUUUAAAUACAGAAAAAUAUAUACAAAAAAGAAAUUGCAGAUUAAAUUGAAGGAAACAGAGGUGAGGUUCUUUGAAUAGUUCGAACUAGCAUAUCCUUUGUCACAGUUAUUAGUACUUAGAUAAAUAGCAAUUAAUACACUUGUACGAUACAAAACGUUUUUAUUUUCAGAUAUAUUUUCAGAAAAAAACGAAUCUGAAAAAUGGUUCAAAAACUUUGGAAAUAUCCCAAUUUCGAAAAUCUAAAGUCUGAAUUAUCAUUUUAUUAAAGAUCAAAACUUUGAAAAAACCUAUAAAAGUGAUAAUUCUGAAAACACUGAGAAUUCUUUAAAUAGUUCGAAGAGUGAUGAUUCUGUUAAAUCAACUGAAGAUAAUAAGAACAAUUCCUUUCCAAUAAUAUGUGAAGUUCAUUUAGGUCAUUUUGAAAUAUUAAUUGAAGAAAACUCCAUGCUUUCCGAUGUUAAAAAUCUACAUUAACAAGCGAAUCUUUUUAAAGAAUCUCUAUCAAACACACCUCAUUUAUAAUAAUAAGUAUUAAGACAUAUAAAAAAGAACUUCAUUUAGGAAUUGAGUAAAAAAGGAAUUAAUUAAAAUACAGAAUAGUAAAUUUUAGACUAAAGUGAGGAUUAGAUGCAAUCAGACUUUUAGUGGAAUCAUGCAAAUAUUUGCAAAAAAAAGAAGAUUCUGUUAUGCUUAGAAAUAGAAAAUGCAGUUAUCAUUUAUAACAAAUUAGAUAAUUUUGUUAGCCAAACUUAAGUUGAUAUAAAACUUAUCAAGUGCUUGGAUAUGCAUAGCAAGAACAAAGAAUAUGAUAAUGUUUUGUCAAUUGAAUAAGGAAUUUAGUUUAUGAUCAAGUAAGAAGUUGUGAAAAUUCAAAAGGUAGCAUUGAAAAACUCUACAGAAGAAAAAAUAACUCACAAUAAUAUCGAUGUCAAUAUUCCAUCUAUAAAUUUGACGCUAUGCAAACCAUUCAUAGAGAGAUGCAGUAUUUUGAUGCAAGUUAUCUUCUUUGAUCCAGAGAAAUCUCAGGAAAAGCCUGAAGCGAAGGGAGAUAACACAAACUAGAAAAAAUAAGGAGGUUACAAUUUUGAGAAGCAGCAAUAAUUUUACACAUAAUUUCUUUAGCAAAAAGAUAAAGUUAACACUUUUACAAAUAUGGCUAUCAAUAUUACUAAAAUUAAUGUUACUUUACCGUUAAAUUAUGAAGUCCCAGAUAAAUUGCUCAUAAUUUAGCUAAAAAGCCUCAAAAUUUUUAAGAGAGAACAUGAAAGCUUGCUUGAAGAAAAUAUGAAGCUCAGAGAAGGUACUCACGAAGAGUUCAAAACAGAAGGAGAUAUUCUAGAACCUCUACUUGUCACAGUCCACUGCUUAAAAAUUUUAAUUGCCUAAGAUAAUAAUUGGGAGUUAAAUUAAAACAUUUUUUUGCAUAACUUAAAGCGAGUUUAGAAUUAAGUUGGCAACAAUGAAAAAAAUUUUUACAAGAAACAAGUUGAAGAAUAGACUCAAAUAAUUUUAGAAACUCUUCCUAUUUCAGUUAGGAUGGAGAAAUCACACAAUACUUACUCUAUUGGAACUAUUUGCCUUUUACCCCGAGAGAAGAAAGCUGACUUUAAAAAAAAUAUAACUCCCUCUACUUAAAAGCUUUUUGUUAAUUUACCUUUUUUCUUGAUAAAUAUUAGUAUUUCAUAAUUGUAAAUAUUGCUUUAUCUAGCCCAAGUUUGGUGUUUAAAGGGAUAUAAUCUGUUAAGCGUUUUAUAGGACUAAGGGGGAGAUAAUAUUUAAGAGCAAGUUCCUAAUUAAAUUGAUGAAUUAAACGAUUCAAGAGAUGAAAAGAAUGGAGAGGUAGGAAAAUCAUUGUUCGGAAGGCAAAGAACACAAGAAAAGAAACUUAGAUAAAUUAUUAAUAGAAAUAUAUAGUAUGAAGAAAAAGUAUUGCAAUAUUUGCAAGAACAUAUUUUCUUUUAAAUGGAUCUUUAAAUGGAAGGCUUAUAACUCAACUUAAAUGUUUGUUCGAAAGAAAUUAUGAAGAAAUAUGAGGGCAGACUUGUCCAUUCAAAUGAUAUUAUUUAAGUAAAUAUCCUUAACCUGUAACUCCACACUAGAUAGUUUUAUUUUAGUAAAUCAAUGCAAGUUAGCAUAGAGACUUUUUUGAUAGAAAAUAGAAAUUGUUGUCAAUAUGAUCUUUUAACUAACUUAAAGCACUAGUGCACUCAUAAUUUAUCAAAGUCUGAUUUAUAAGUGGUGCUUAAAGAUACAUGUCCUCUAAAUCAAGAAGUUAGUCACUUCUAAAGCAUAAUAUACAAAAAUCGUCAAACGGCUGAUAAAUUUUACAAAAAACAAUUAAAAAAACAGCAGAAAUAGAAGGCUUUUAAUAAUAAACUUGGAUAAAAUAAAAAGGCUUAAGAAAAAGAUAUCUUUUAGGAUAUCUCUGUGGAUGACUUGUAAUCAUUUAUUAAUGAAUUAGAAAGAAACUAAAAAGGAAAUAAUGCUAGAGAUAAAAACAGAAUUGAAAUUGAUGGAGUUGUUAUCGAAAGUGAUAACGAAAGCGAUUUAAAUUAUUUUGAUGAAAACGAUGAACGAAAUAUGGAUUAAUUUGAAGAUUCAGUCGAUAAUUUAGUAAAUAAAGAUUUUUCAUUUCUAAAAGAAGAUAAAAAAGCAAAGGAUUACGUUGAGAAAGAAGAAGAAGACAAGCUAAUAAAAAAUUUAAUGUAUUUUGAAGAUGAAUAUUUGCUGCUUAAUUUAAAAGAUUAAGAAAAUGCUACAAAUCAAAAGUUAAAUGGAGAGCAACAUCUUCAUAGAUGCCCAGAUUGUUAUGAUGAAGAUUCAAGAAAAAAAUUCUUAAUUUUAAACUUUUAAAAUAGAUAAAAUAAAAAAGAGUAAUAAUCCAAUUAAAGUUACUUUAAUCCAGAAACUUCACCUAAAUUAAACCAUCUCAUGAAUUAGUAUUAAAACAAUCAAAUUUCUGAGUAAAACAUCUAAGUAGAAGAUAGUAUGAUGACUGAUUCUCAAGCUACUAGGUAAUUUGUUUCAGUUCAAGAAAACGGAGAAGAUACAAUUUAAGAUCAAAUUCCUAUCAAAGAUAUUAUAAUUACAAUCGAAUCAAUUGAUGAUGAGUAUUUCGUCGCCAAGGAAGACGAUUACCAUGACUUAGUGCCUUCAAGCAUUUAUAUCGAACUUAAUCAUCCAGUUAUCACAUUAGAUCCUGUAUUUUUAGCUUAUUUAAAAAGUAUCAUUGAAAUUAGUGGUAUAUAUGCAACAUAAAGAGUUGAGGACUUCAAAGAAUACAUGCAAGUCAAAGGAUUCUCUCCAUACAUUGAAGAAGAAAAGGAAGAUUAAGGAAAAGCUUUUUAAGAUGAUUAAAUUUCUGAAUAAGAUCAAGAAAAUGAUGCUAUAAACAGCAAAAUCAAUUCUUAAUUGACUUUAGUUUCUGAAACUAUUACGAUUCAGAUGCUCCAUAAUGUUCCUGUUAAAGACAAGGAAUACAAGAGCCUUGAACCUGCUUUUCUUCUUUAUUUAUCAGAAUUUAUUUUGAUUUAAUAAGCAACUUAAGCUUACAACUUGCUAACUGUGAACAGCUCUGAUGUUUCUCUAUACGACAUAAGCGAAAAAACUGGAUUACACAGACAAACUCUUGGAAGCUUCGAAAAAAUAAACAACCAAUAAGCUUAAUACCCUUGCAAUUAACUUUCAAUAGAAAUGAAAACAUUCCACUCAAAAGAACUAUCCUAAAUAUAAAAGUUUUCAACUUAUAUUGGCAUAAAAUUAGAGGAAGCAAAAAUUGUGUUUUUGAAGAGAAACACUAUGGAAAUCUAAGUUUAUAUUAGGCAAUUCUUGUUAGCUGCUUUAAGAAAUAGAAUAAAUAACGAAGAUUUGAAAUUUAUUAAAGACUAUUCUAAAAAGUUAAUCUACAAAAAAUAUGAUUUAUUCAUUGAAGAUCAAGGACCGAUGAAAAGUUUUCAAGAACCUACAUAAAACGUGUAGCAACCAGAGCCUUCAGAUAUGAAAAUGGAAAUAGUUGUUUUGAAUUCAAUUGUUUGCGCAUAUAGAAGUUCUUUAAGUGAAAACGAUGGACUUUUUGUCCAUUUUACAAAAUUAGGUUAUUGGUUUACUGGUAAAUGGGGAUAAGAGUUCUUAGAAAACGGUCUAAUUCAUACAGGUAAGCAUUAUUACGAAGAGUAAACUGCUGACAGCAUGAAUCAAAAUAGCAGUAACAAAUCGCAAAGUAGUUUUUAGGAGUGUAAAGCUGAAACUUAAACCUCAUUUUAAGAUGUAACAUAAAAUGUCUCUUAAGAAUUUGAAUCAAAUCAUAAUAUCAACAAUAAUGACAACAACUUUAAUAAUAACAAUUACAAAAAUAUGUAAGAAGAUGACUAAUUUUUUGAUGUUGUUAGUGAGAAACAAGGAAAUGAUUAAAAUAUUAAUCAAAAGAUAACCCAAAAUUAUGGAUAAACAUAAUUUAAGCCUUCAAAAAACAUGUUUUAAUUAAACUUUAAUAAUGAAGAUUAGCUCCCUUCGAAAAUUAGUACUUCAGAUAUAAAACAAGUAAAAUCUCGUAUACAUGGUUCAUCACACUCAGUUACUACAAGUAAGUCUAGAAUUGAUAAUUAAAAAUAAGAAGAUAAUAAUGUUAUUGAAAUCUAAAGAAUUUUUAUGUGGGACUUAAAAGCUUAUUCAUCCUAAGAAUUUUUAAAUAGAGAUAUUGUAAUUAUGUCACCUCCUGAUAAACCAUCUGUUGAAGUAAAGAUUAUUUUCGAUGAUCCUAACUUUAGUAAAUACACUGGAAUCACAGAUUAUCAACUACUUCCUAUGAAGAUUGCUGUAAAUAUUCCUGAGUUAAGUCUAUUUUUGUAUGACAAGGACUAUUGCACUCUUUGCAAAUUAUUUUAAGAAAAUAUAGCUGAAGCACCUAGGACAGUGUUCAUAAACUAAGAUUAUGAUAUUUACAAUAAUAAUAUUUGGUAAUUCCUUGAUAUUUCUGUUUAAAAAGUAAAUGCAAAAAUGUUUUAAGGUGAAAGAGUUAAUUUAUAAGAAUAAAUGGUAAAGGACUAUAAUUACUAUCAUAUUGAUGCUUAAGUUGAUAAUAAUUUAAGCGAAAUUAAAUACUAAACAUAUGCAAAUGAAACGGAGAAAUAAGAUCCCUCAAUUUACAGAAAAAAUCCAAAUUUUUCAAAUGCAGGUCAGGCAUUAGGAAUUAAAUAAUCUCACUCUCGAAACAAUAGCUAAGAUGUGCCAAAAUUAAAUAGGAACAAGAACUAAUCUAAAAAUUCACAAGAAUAAGAGAAAGAAGAUAACUGUAAAGAGAUGCCUGUUAAUGCUUAACAUGAAUAUUUCUUACAGCAAGUCUAUGAAUCGCAGCAAAUAAAAAAAGGAAAAUCUUACAAAAAAUAUAAAAAUGUUUUUCUCAUUAGUAAUCCUGCAAGUUUAACUGAAAUGAAUUUAGAAAACGUUAUUUAUCAUUUUUACAUGCACGAAAACGGUUGCAAAAUCAUGAAAGUAUGGGCGACUAAGCUUGACAUUAAUGAUUUUAGAAUGUGCUCUUUACUGAAAAACAAAUAAAUUUUGUUUGAUAUUAAAGAUUGGCAAAAUGUUGAAGAAGGAAACGAAUAAUAUACUAAUUAGUAAACAGAGGAAAAAGAAGAAGGUAAUAUGCUUAAUAAAGAUUUCAUUAACUUUAAUGACAAUAAUGAGUAUGGAUUUAUGGAUGAUAACUCCUUAGACAGCGACGAAUUAAAUAUUAAUGAAGAUUUUGACCUAUAAGGUAAGAAUUUUGGAUAAAAUUUGAUAGCAAAUCAAGAGUAAGAAUACAAUGAUGAUCCUCACCCUGAAAAAACUAAUUAAAAUGUCAAUUUAGACGAAGCAAUUUAAGAAAAUGAUAUUUAAAUGCUAUCAUCAAAUAGAGUUAAUUAAAACUUUAUUUUAGAAUAAGAUAGCAUACUCUAAGAAAGCUAAAGAAAACCCAUGGGAUCUGAAGAGAUGAAAUUAAGGCAUAAAUAAGAAAAAAUGAUGAAAAAGAAUUAAAAGAGAAAAAGAAAGGAUUUACAGAAUGGAAUGUCAAAUCAAGAUUAAAUUUAAAAUAAGCUUUAUACUGAUGGUAAUAUUGGAGAACAUGAUUAGAUUCUCGAAGAAAAGAAGAGAUCGACAACAAAUGAAAAAAUUGUUGAAAUUUAAGUAGAAAAUAAAGACAGUAAUAAUAAUAAUAGCUAAUAGUUAACUUUUUGGUAAAAGAUGAGUAACUUCUUUUGCUGCAGAAGAAAGCAGUAGCCACAGUAGUAAACUUAACAAAAAAGUAUAGUGAAGGAAAAGCCCAAAGACUAAAUUGGGUAGCAAUAGCAAUAAGAGUCAACAUAAAUAGAAUUAAAGCGUUAAAUUGAAACAUGGCCAUAAGAUGAUUUUCCUAAAGGAAGAAAAUGGGUUAUACAAAAUUAUUAGUAGUGUCUCCCAAUAACAAUAACUGAUAAUUAAAAUUAAAGACUUUAUUAAUACAAUGACAUGGAGCAGUAAUACAACUUAUUUAGGAUGAACAAUCUAUACAAUUUUAUCGGCUCUGAGGCUGAUUUGGAAUAUAAUGACCUUAAAUUUGCAUUUAUUACUUAACCUGAUGGAGAAAAAUUAAUUAAAAUACACAUUAAGAAUAAAAAUUUUGUUUUUAUGAAUGACUUUUUAUUCGAUUUAAUUGGUUUCUUCAGAACUCCCUUUAAUGGCUCUGAUGAUAUAUUAAAUAAGCAAUUCUUUAGGUAACCUAAAUAGAAUAAUUAUCCUCCUAUGAUUAUCAAAAUUUAAGCUGAAAAUUUCUGGGCUUUGAUACUGGAUAGUCUGAAUAAUCCAAGUAACUGUUUAGCUGUUAAUCUUAAUGCAGAUUAUCUUUAAGAAUGGAUUGGUGAUAGUGGAAUGGGACCAGGAAGUGCUUUAAUGGAUAUAAAUAUCGAUUUAAGGAAACUGCUGACCUGUAAUACAGAUAAAAUUUAUCAAGAUUUUGGUCAACAUCUGAGAACAUAUUCUAUUUCAACCAUUAAAAUUAUUUAAAAGUAUUUAAAUGACCAAGAAAAUUAGCAAGGAAAUAAGGAUAAAAGCCCUAUUUUAAUUGAUGAUCAGAAUUUAAACUCUUAAAAUAUUGAGUCAUCUAACUAAAUUUAAGAUUAAAAAUAAAACGAUUUGCCAGCUGAAACUCCAAAGAAGAAACUUGCUUUCUUUUAGAAGAAGCCUAUAAAUCAUCAACAAGCACCACCAAAUUUAGUUAGAGAAGAAAGCUCGGAGUUGUAAAAAGAGAUUCAAAAAGUCGAAUUCAACACAAACUUAAUCAUUCCUUUUAAGAUAAGGUUUAAGAACAGUUACAUUAUAAACUAUUACAAGCUUAAAAGAUAAUAUGAAGAAGAAUAUGCUUUGUAGUAAGAAAAUAUUUUACAAGAUCUUUAAAAGUCACAGAGCUAAAAUAGUAAUAGUGAAAAGCUUCGAUAUACAUAAAAGAAUGGAGAAAAAACACCUUACACUCAUUAAGAAAUUGAGAUUAGCGUUUUUAACAAGAAAGUGAAGAAAUUCAGGAAUUUAAAUAUAAGUAUGUAUUCUUUGAAAUAGAUAAGUACAAUAACUUCCACAAUGAUGAACCCUUCUACUUAUAUUACCAUAUUCAAAGAAGAGGUUAACCCAUUAAACAACCAGUUAUCUGAGUCACUUUUCAAAGUAAGAUGCAUAACAGACGCUGAUAAAGCAUCAUUUUUAAAGUAAAGUAAGAAUUAAGAUUAUCUCAAGCAAUAUGUGCCAACACGCUUAACAAAUGAUGAGAUUUAGCAAUUCUAAAAAAACCCUGAAGAAAAAUGCAUCGGAUAUUUAAGAGUCAAGUUAAAAAGAUUCAAAAUAGAGGCUUUUAAAAACUAUUUUGGAAAUCAAACUAUGAAAAUUAAAAUAUCUAAUUUGAUUCUUAAAAAGAUAUCCAAAGGUGAAAAUUCCAGCAUGGGCUUAAAGGGAUAGCUUAAAAUUAAAUAUUACAACAAAAGAAAAGGUUUUUAUGAGCCAUUUUUAGAACCUUGGAUUUUCCAUGUUCAAAACUAAAAGGUAGACUCAGAUUAAAAUUUACAAGUGUGCAACUACGAAGAUAAAAAUAAAGAAAAUGAAAGUGAAUUCAAAGAGUUAGAGAGCGUUCUCAGUCAUAGAAAUUCACUAAAUAUCAAUUUGAGUACUGCAUUCAUAGAAACAGCUAUUGAAGCCAAGAAUGCAUUCGGAUAAACCAAUUAAAAGUUGCGUCCAUACAAUAUCGUGAACAAAUUAGGCUUUGGAUUACUUUUCUUAUUGGGAGAAAAUAAAAAGAUUUACAUGGAAGAUCUAAUUUUAUAAAUAGUUAGUAACAAUGAAGAAAAGGAAUAUCUUCCUCACACUCAAAAUGUAGAAGAUAAAGGAAGACAAAUCAAAAAAAUAAAAAAUUUAUUUGUUAACUUUAUAAUAUUAAAGCCAUAAAAAGAGAAACAAAUCCAAGAAAGAAUUGAGCUUUACAUUAAUGGUCUUGCUGCAGAAAUGAAAAGAAUAAAGUCAAAUAACAUCCCCUUAAAGUCAACUAUAUUUAAUAAUAAAAGCGCCAAUUAUUUUUCUUACACUAAUAACACUAAUGCAACUCAUUCUUCUACUUAUGUAAUACAAGAUUCUAUUCAGGGGUUAGAUAAAAAAUAAUCUAAUAUUGAGUCUGUCAACCUUAAUCAAAAGGAGCAAAAAUUCAAAUAAAAGAUUUUAAUUAGCAAGAAUUUUAGUGAUUUCAGAACCAUCAAUAGGGCUUCUUUGGAUAGACUGGGCAAGCAAUUCUUCUAGUUAGAGAAUUUAAAUGCUCAGCACUUUAACACAAACAAGCAAGACAGAAACAAAAUAUUAGAAAAAUAUAAAGAUAUUAAAAACUUACUUCAUCAAACUGAUAAGGAUUUCUUUGUUGUUGACGUUUCUCUAGAUUCAGGAGUUGGAAGAAAGCAGAUCACUCUACAGAGUUCCGUUACUAUUUUUAACAAUCUGAAUAAGGAAGUUAUUGUUGGAUUUUUGAAGAGAAAAAAGAGCGAAUAGAUUAUAUUUGAGGAAGAUAUUUAGCUUCAACAUCAAAAAUCUGGAAAAUAUAAAGAAUAACCCGUAAUCAGUAAAGAAAAAAGGAGAUACAUCUAAUUGGACAUGUACAAAAUUCAGCCAUACUAAUCCUUACCCAUUCCUUAUAAUUUUCUUUCUGAAAAGAGAGAUGUUUUUUACUGUAUGGUGCCUGAUAGUGAUAAACAUAACAUGCCUAAUAACCACAACAAAAGCAAAAGCCAUGUAGAGCUAAUAAAACAAAUUAUAGUGACAACUGAUAAACAUGGUGUACAAGAUGUAGAGUAAAUGGAUCAAAUUGAUGAAGAAAUAAUGGAUAUAAAGUUAUUUAAUAUACAUGAUUUCAUUUAGCCUUAUUCUACCUUUUCUGAUUAUGAUCAAGUAGAUGACCUUAAAUUGAAUGAUAUUAUUGGAAAGCCUUGCUUAGAGUUCGAAAACGAAAGGUUUGGCAGAUUGAUUCUCAGACAAAAUUUUGAAUUGAAAUAAAAUAAGUUCAUCGAAGAAAGUAAUUAACAUUUAAAUUCUGUAUUCUAAAUAAAUGUCAUCAAAACGAAAUGGCCAGUGUAAAACAUAUCUGAAAAAAGCUAAAUGUACUGCUAUGAAACUUCAAUUGUAUUAAAUCCAUUCUUGAGAAUUAUAAAUUAGACUAUUUAAGAAAUCAAGAUAAUAGUUGGAGAUUAGGAUAAAACAUUAGCACCAGGUGAGACACUCAUACCUUAUAGCAUAGAUUUCGUCAAGGCAUAAUCAAUCCUCAUCUAUUAAGAGCCUUCAAACAAAGUUGAAUUCAAUCCUUUCACUAAAAAGCUUAAAGAUUUUGUCAAACUAGAACCUUGCUAGCUUUCUGACCAAAUAUAUCCACUUUGCUUAAGCCUCGAAUACACAAAAAUCUCAAAGCAAUCAAGAGUUGUAGUCAUUUACUGCCCUUACAUUAUUUUUAACCGAACUGGAUUAGAUUUAUACUACAAAGAAUUCUAAAAAGAUUUUUAGGUCAAGAAAAAUCACUUUGAAAAGAAAAAGAUUAAUGGUGAAAACAAGCCCAAUGCCCAAAAUGAGAAUAGCAGAAUUUCAAUUAAUCAAGCAUAAAAAGAAUCUCUUCAAAUGUUUUGCCCUUCAAACAAAUUUAAGAAACUUUCGAUUGGUAUUUUCUACAAAUCUCCUUACACAAUUAAUUGGUCAUAAUAAAUAUCGUUCACUUAGAAAAACCACGUUGGCAUACAGCUUACGUCAGACAGCAACAGUCUCUAUGAAGUAAAUGUUAAUCUAAGCUAAGGAGUAGGUGAACUCUCAAAGACAGAAAUGAUAAUCAUAACUCCAAAAUAUUACUUUUACAAUUAGACAGAACACACAAUUGUAGUCUCUUAAAAAGUCCCAAUCAUGCAAGACUCUGUCUUCUAAUUAGACUAAGGAUAAAUUCAACCCUUUUUCUGGAUGCAAAAGGAUGGCCAACAGAUCAUCUAUUUGUCAUUUUUCUAAGACUUAAAGAAUCCUAAGUUCUCUAAUCCAUUUAAAAUUGAUGAAAUCAACACAUUUGCUGUAAAAGUUCCUUAUAAAGAUGAAUCCUAGCAGCAAUAACUUAACAGUCUAAAUGGCAGUGAUAGCAAGUAUAAAUACAAGUUAAUUACGAUCAGUAUAACCCAAAUGAAUGGUGUGUUUUGUGUAAGGUUUUUAGAAAAAGGAUAGCCUCCACCAUAUGUGAUAUUUAACAAAACUAAUCACGAAAUAUUUGUACAACAAUAUAUUCCUGAGUUUGUAAAAACAUGCUGCAGCAAAAAGAGAAACCAGCUUACUUCAGAAAAAAAAGUCAUCUUCCCAAAGUAAAGAAUAGUGUUUACCUGGGAUCAUUGGAAUAUUGAUUUCGAUAAAUAACUGAGUGUGGAAAUAGAUACAAACCAGAAAACCUACAACUUAGAAAAGCUUAAAGACUAUGAGCCUAUUUACUUGUAGAAGGUAGAUGAUAGAGGAAUGCAGAAAGAUAGUGAUCCAAAGAAAAAAAUACUUUACAAGAAAGGAUAUCUAUUGGUGUGUGAUAACUUUAAAGAUUAGUUCGAAAAAUACUUCUGCAUCUUAAAUAUCUACAAAUAAAAGCUAAAAUUAUACAUUAAUAAAGAAAAAAUAUCUAAUAUUGACCUAGUAUAUGCUAAACUAGAAAUAAGCAGAGAAGGAUUUGACAUAAUAACCAUAAAAUAAAAAAGAUUAAACAUUAAGUAAGCUGAAGACUCUAAUAAAAACAGUUUAUUCGAUUGGUAUAUCUCAAUUUAUAACUCCAUACAAGUAAAUAUGCCUGAUAAAGUAGACUUUAAAAUAGAGCCUAGAAAUGGAACUAUGGAAAUUACUUUUUAUCAGUAGAAAAAGUAUUUUGAAAAUGAAAAAGGAAAUAAUUCAAACAGUAAAAAAGGAUUCUUAGACUUAGAUGAAGAUGGAGUUCCCUAUCAAGUUGAUCAUCUAAAUUAUCAAUUUAGCAUAAAAAAUAUGAUUGGCAUUAGUAUUAUAGACGAUAUGACUCAAGAGUUAUUUUCUGUUUCUCUUAAAAACCUAAGCUUGGUAUAUCAAGUUGUUCAGAAGUGGAUAAAAGAGGAUGAUGAAAUUGAUGUAGCUUAUAAUUAGUAGCAGGCUGAGUAAAAAAAUCAAGAAUAGUUAGAAAUUUUGUAGUAAGUUUAAUCUCAAAAAAGAUAAAUUAUUAAGCAUGUAACAAAAAGCUUCUUCUAGUUUAGCUUAGAAAACAUAUUCAUUAAUAAUUAAGAUAUAUCUAAAAGCUAAUACCCAGUCAUAUUUGCUUCUGAUACAAAAAAAACUGGUGAGAAACCACCUCCAUUCAUUUUUAUAUCAACUUAAUGGAAAAAUGUGAAGAAUAUUUAUGAAGAAGAGUAACCCAUUAAAUAUGAAUAAACUUAGUAAAUGAAUACAGAAAUGGAGAAAAGUGGAGUUUUAUUAAGCAAUAAACUGGAUUAACAAGACAAUAAAUCAGAUUAUAAAAAACAUGGUGAGCUAUAAAGCGAUGAAAAAGUUUAACUCUAUCAAAAAAGUGGAGUUUUUACUAAGGCGUUAACGAUGUAAAAGUAUAGAACAGUCAGCCUUGAUAAUGAAAACUAGGAUGAUAUUGAUAAUGCUUCUGCUGUCUAAGGAGAUUAGUCAGCUUAAAAAGUAGUUCAAUGGAUAAAUAAUCUGCAAAUAUACUUUGAUCACUUUGAAAUACGUAUUGACUAAUAAAUUAUUUAAACAAUUAUGGGAUUUAACACAUAAUUAAGUUAAGCACUUUACUCUGAUAAUGAAACUAAAUCAUAGGAAAUUUAUGAAAUUUUAGAGAAAUUAAAAUAAAAAACAAUUGACCAGAUUUUACUUGAUAACAUUGAAUCAGGUGUAGAAAACAUGAAGAAAGCAAUUUACAUUAAAAAUUUAUCUAUACAGCCAAUUAAUUUCUGUCUCACUCUUAAUCUUGCAGGAGCAGAUAACGCCUUAGGUUCUGAUAUCUUUUCUGUCCCCUUGGCUAUAUUUUAAGAAUUUGGUCUUGAGCUUGUUGCAAUUGACUAAGCGAGCAUUAGUCUAAAUGCUUUAAAUUAACAGCAUUUAUAUGAUACCUUCUCUUCAAUAUAGUCAAGAAUACAAAAGCAUUAUAUCAGCUAAUUCUUAACAGAAAUUUACAAAAUUUUUGGUAGUUUUGAAGCUAUAGGUAAUCCUGUCAAACUUGUCAAAAAUAUAUCUUCUAGUGUAUCUAAAAUGAUUUAUAAUCCCCUUAAAUCUCUAUAACAAGGUAGAGGUGCCUAGGCAGUAGGUGAUCUAGCUACUGGAGCUAUUUCAUUGGUUUAAAACUCAAUUUCAAGUAUUUACAAGGCAGCAAGAAAUAUUUCAGGAUUUAUCAUGAGAGUCAUAUCCAAAAUUACAUUCCACAAGCAAUACUUGCAAGAUAGAUCGAUAAGGGUUAACAGAUAAAUCAAAAAUAUCAAAGAUGGAUUUUAAAUUGGAUGUAAGAACUUUUUGCUUAUCCUUUGGGACACUGUUUAUGGAAUAAUUUAUAUACCUCUUGAGGGUUGUAAAAAGAAACAUAUAUUUGGUCUUAUCAAAGGUAUUUACACUGCUUUUGUAAGUAUUUUCAUUAAGCCUACUGUAGGAAUAUAUGAUUUUUUGAUCAGCAUCUUUGAUGGAUUAGUAAAUUCUGCCAUUUAUGAAGAACAUAUCAUGGAAUAUAGAAGCAGACCUCCAAGAAUCUUUGAAACUCAAAAAAUUACUAAUUUUGAAUAUAAGAAUGCAAUAGGGAAAGAUAUUCUCCUUAGAGUCAAGCAGUAGCCAAAAAGCUAUGAGUCAAUAAAAUAUUAUGAUUAAAUACAAGUCUCUAAAAAUAAAUUCGUCGAAAUCAUUUUAACAGACAUAAGGCUGGUUUGUGCAUAGAAAAACUCCUCUUUAGAUUACCAAAAAGUUCAACUGCAUAAAAUAAAAUAUAUCGAGUACAAUUAGAAAAAGAAAUAUUUCAGAUUCUUUUACGAUGUGCCUGUCAAAAAUAUAUUAAAAUGUUGCAACAGAAAUAAUAUAUAAACAAAAAUAAGAUACGAAAAAUUCGAUAAUUAAGAAAAAGCCAAUGAAAUGAUAAGGUACUUGCAGGAGCACUACAAAUAAUAAAAAAUCCCAAUUAAGAUAGACGUAAAAAAUGGCUGA